AUGUUAACAAAAAGUAUUAUUUUAAAUGUUUUUGGUAUUGAUCCAACAAAUACCUCUAAUAAUGAUGAUAGUGAUAAAAGUACAUCAAAAAAAAGUUAUACAAAAAGUGAUAGAAGUGAAAAAAGUGAUACUGGAAGUAAUCCUGAUUUUCCACGUUCAGAAGCCGAUGAGAUAGAUGAUUGUCAGAAUAGUUUUGAUUCAUCAAAUAAUAAAGAAAUGCAAUCAUUAAUUAGAUCAACAGGAAAUCCAGAAAAAUGGUUAAAACUUUGGGUUCGUAUUAUUAAUAUGGUAGAUCCAUCAAAAGCUGCUUUUAGUCAAGUUGCUGUUCAAGUAUUAUCACAAAUUAUUCAAAUGUUAAUACCAAUAAAUUGUGCAAAUACCUUAGUACAUCAUAUUGCACAACGCCUUCUAAUGGUUGAUAUAAAAGCUCAACCACACGCAAUACCAUCAUUAUGUUCAGUUCUUGUAACAUCAUCACCUCCACCAUUAUUAAGAGCACAUAUUUUGAUUAAAUUGGAAGAUUGCCUAACAACUGACAUUGCACCGAUUGUAUUAGAACAGGUUCCUAGUAUGAAAUUAGAAGAUAUUUUCAUACUUCAUAAACCAAUUAUUGAAGCAUUACAAAUAAUUAUAAAAAAUGGUGAAAUAUCAUCAAAGAUUGUACGUGUAACAAGUUUAUUAAGUUUAGAGCAGACAGAUGCUGAAAAAUUAUUAUUAACAAUUCUUACCCAACAACAUUAUAUGGAAAUGGAUUUAUCAACAUUAACAUUACUUGUUAAUUCAUUAUCAAUAUUAAUUUUAGAAAGAGGUGAUGUAACAUUAGGAAUGAAUUUAUAUAAAAUUUUAUUAAAAAAUCAAUCUUUAUCAAUACCAUUAACAUAUCUACUAAUAAGAAAUUUAGAUGAAUUAAAAAAAAGAGGAAAAAGAAACUUUUUAAGGCAAUCAUUAGAACAAAUAAUUAAUAUGUUAAAAGUAAAAGAUGAAAAUAUUAUUAAAAAUGAACUUUUAUGGAUGUUAAUAACUUUAAUUUGUGAUGGUAAAAGAUUACCAUUAGAUGAAAAUAAUGGAAAAGGAAGUUUUGAAAAAAUUCUUUCAUUAUUAAACAAUCAUGAUAAAAGUAUUAAAAAUUCAUUUUUAGAAGGUUUACUUUUAACAAAUACAGUUUUUUAUCCAUUACCUGGAUUUUCAUUAUCACAAUGGAAUUCCAUUGACAGUACUACACCUAUACCUGGAAAAAUUCCAAAUAAAAAUAUUGAUAAAGACUAUGAAAAUCAGGUUUUUAUUAAAAAUAGAGGUGUAUUAAUAAAUGUAGACAGAAAUGUACCUUCAGAAAUUGUUAUAAGAACAGUUGUUGGGAAACAUGUUUGGAGUAUUAAGAAUGUUGAUGAAAUUGAUAUUAAUGGAAAAUAUCAUCCUCAUAUAAAAGGAUGGUUAAAAAAUUUAUCUAAUGAAAAAAUGGAACAAGAAAAAAGGACAAUAAAAAUUGAAGAAAAAACAACUCAUGAAAUUGAUGAUAAUUUUUUUGAUAAACUUCCAACAUUCCCAAAAAAUUACAAAGAUCCUAUUGAAUUUAAACCAAUGCUUGACUUUAUAAAAAAAAGUAAAAGGCGUCCGUUAUCAAGGCCAUCAACUAGUGACAUUAACAAAACAACACCAUCAGAUGAUUGUUGUUUAGUUGCUGAUAAUAAAGAAGAAUUAGGUACCUGGAGGCAGUUUGUAAAUGACAUUCAACUAAUACAUCAAACAUGUGAAAUUAAAUCUAAUUUUCCUAGAGAACUUCGACACCUUGAUACAACACUUUCACGUGAAGUUCACAAAAUUGCUGUUAUUUAUGUUGGAAAGGGGCAGGAAGAUAAAACUACAAUAUUAUCUAAUACAAUUUCUGAUAGUAGUGAAGAAUUUAUGGAACUUAUUAAUUCACUUGGUAGAAUUGUUGUUAUUGGUGAAAAUCAUUAUGGUUAUGGUGGUGGUUUAUCAAUAGGUCAUAAAGCUCCAUAUUAUGCUGAUGGAUCUACUGAAGUUAUCUUUCAUAUUAGUACAUUUUUGACUGGUGAUGUUACACAAAAAACUAAACAUCUUGGUAAUGAUGAAGUUCAUGUUGUAUGGAAUGAAAAUUAUAAAAAUUAUAAAAGAGAUACUAUUGCAACAAAAUUUUGUGAUAUUCUUAUUGUUCUUACACCAAUAUCUCCAGCAAUGAUAAGAGUAUCUAUUGAAACACAAAAACCUUUAUCAUUUGGUCCAUUAUUUGAUGGAUCAUUUGUUAGUAUUUGUGAAAUAGGUCCUAUGGUCAGAGAAACUGCUUUAAAUGCCUCAAGAGCUUAUAAAGUUGAUAGAAUUAAUUGUGAUCGUCCAUUAAAACAUAGAGAAAAUGUAUAUAAAGAAUGCCUUGAUAAAGUUGGGUAUGCAAAGAUGGCUGAUGCAAUAACCAAUAUUUACAUACCUCAAUUAAAAAAUUAA